AAUCGUUUCCGGAUUUUUUUCAAAAAUUUCUCCAAAGUUUCCUGUAGAAAUUCAUCCAUGACUUUUCUCAAAAAAAUUACCUAGAUGUUCUUCAAGAAAUUCCUCCAAAGAAAUAUCUCCAGGGUUUUCUUGAAACAUUCCUCCAGUGAUUUUUUCAGGGUCCUUAUUCAACAGAUUUCUUCAGAAAUUAUUCCAUGAUUUCCUUCAGGAAUUGCUACAGAGAUUCCUUCAGAAAUUCCUUCAUGGAUUCCUGGAAUUCAUCGAGGGAUUCCUUCAAGAAUUCAUCUAGAGAUUUCUUCAGAAAUUCCUCCAGGGAUUCCUUCAGAAACCUUUAAAGAUUCCAUUAGGAAUACGUCCGACAAGUCCUUCAGGUGUAUUUCUAGCGAUGCCUUCAGGAAUUUCUCCAAAGAUUCUUUAGGAAAUUCCUUCAGAUAUUCCUCCAAGUAUUCCUUCAGAAAUUUCUCUAGAGAUUUCUUAAGAAAUUCCUCCAGAUAGCCCUUCAGAGAUUCCUUCAGGAAGUUCUUCAGAGAUUUUUUAAGGAAUUCCUCCAGAUAUUCCUUCAGGAAUUCCUCCAGAGAUUCCUUCAGGAAUUUCUCCAGAGAUUUUUUUUAUGAAUUCCUCCAAGAAUUUCUUAAGGAAUUCCACAAGAGAAUCCUUCAGGGAUUCUUCCAGAGAUUCUUUCAGCAAUGCCUUCAGAGAUUUUUUCAGGAGUUCCUUCAGAGAUUUCUUCAGUAAUUCCUCCAGUGAUUCUUUCAAGAAUUCCUCCAGAUAUUCCUUCAGAAAUUUCUCUAGAGAUUUCCUAAGAAAUUCCUCCAGAUAUUCAGAGAUUCUGUUAAGAAUUAAAUCGAUUAAUUGCGCAGAAGCGCCCAUUUCUAAAAAGACAUGUGUCACCCAAUACUAAAUAAAAAGAUUGUUGUUGUUUUGUUACCGAGAAGAGCAAACGUGCUUUUUAUUUUCUCCUGAGUAAAACUCCCGGAAUUAUCAGUAGUGUGGACAUUUUUGGUCCAAAAUUCGAACCGGAUUGUGUCCGGGAGUGUUCUCCGCGCGGUCAAGCCGGAAAAAGUGAGAGGGUCGUAUUACUCCUGCGGGAAAUACGAUUUCGCGUUCGCGCAUCGCAACGAGCUGCAUCCGGACGCGGCUUCCAUUGAGUGCUUGGGGUUCCUAACCUCAAUUUCGUUCGCUUCCACAACGAGUGUGGAACGCAUCGACUUUCGCGGAAGUCCGGUCUGUUGCGGAGUGAGAAGAAGCACCGACUCCCGUGAAAGCCGGUCGGACAAUCGUGUGUGUGUGAAAAAAGCACCAUCCUGCGGGACUGGUCGAACAUUUGUGAUGCGAAAAGCGACGGUCAUCGUAAAUGCCGUCCGAACAUAGUGAGAAGUGAGAGACUUGCUCCGCCGUCGUGAGACGCGGACGAAGUGAGAAAAACAAAACAAACAAAAUAAACAAAGUGAAGUCAGAUGACGGAAGAAAAUACACCAUCGUCGACACCGCGAGGAAGAGGCAGAGGAAACGUAGUGCAUUCUCCGAUCGACGAGCAAAAACGGAAGCAGGAACAACGUCGACAGCAAUCAAUGGCAGAAAUAAAGGUGCAUGCCCUAACGGCUCGGCGAAAGUCCGUUGUGGCAAAGCUCCAGCGCGUAAAGGAUCUCCUGGACGGAGCCGCAAACAACAGUGUUUACCAUCUGGAGACAUACUUGCGACGUGUGGAUUCGUGCUACGACGAGUACAACGCAAUUCAAAAUGAGAUUUACACCGAGUUUCCCGAUCAGCGAUUGGAGCAGGAGCAGUUUUUCAUCGAAUUCGAGAUGGUGUACGAAGAUCUUCGAGUUGAACUUUGUCAAGCGAUUGAUGAGCUCCGGAAGAAUGAUGAUCCCGCUAAGCUGGCAGUUGCAGAAGUCGUACAUCGUCAACCAGCUGUCGUGAAUCAAUUGCCUGGAUUGCCAAACGUUCCUCUACCGGUUUUCGAUGGCGCGUAUGAGAAGUGGUUCCGCUUCAAACAGCUGUUUGAGGACCUAAUGCAAAAGCAUCCCCAUCUUUCUGAUGCAACCAAGCUGCACUACUUACAGCAAUGCCUGAAGGGGAAAGCGGAGAGCGUGCUGAGUGACCAGAUCGUAAACGAUAAUAAUUUUCAAAUCGCUUGGAACGUGCUAGAAGAACGGUUCGAAAAUCAAAGAACCAUCGUUGACGUGCACAUCGGUGGACUGCUGAAUCUCCGGAGAAUGUCGAGGGAAAGCUCCAGUGAACUGCGUCAGCUCGUCGAUGAUUGCAGUCGGCAUGUAGAAGCACUGAAAUUCCAUGCGCUGCCGAUGCAAGGAAUGUCGGAACAACUAGUGAUUUCGCUUCUAACAUCCAAACUGGACAGUGUCACUGUAGCGCUGUGGGAGAAUAGCGUGAAACCGAAGGAACUUCCGAAAUACAAGCAAACACUGGAGUUCCUGCAAAAUCGUUGCUUCGUUCUUGAGCGUUGUGAGGCGAAAUCCAAGUGCAAGUUUCCGGAAGCGAGUAAACCGAAGAUGCUGACAUCUGCGGCAAAACCAACGCAGCGGGUGCAUGCCGUUCAAGCAGCUGAGGACGUGUGUUCGGUGUGUGAUGGCAGUCAUAGUGUGAACAAGUGCGAUGCGCUGAAGCAGAUGCCCAUGAACGACAGGAUGGCGAAGAUCAAGGAACGACAGCUGUGUUUCAAUUGCCUGAAACGCGGCCACCGAGUUGGACAAUGCAGGUCACGAGUGUGCACGGUUAGUGGUUGCGGAAAACGGCACCAUACCCUAUUGCAUUAUGAGAACGUUUCGCCGGAACAGCAGAUUGCAACCGCAGUCACCGAUGAACAGAAGGGUACUAGCACUCCACAGUCAGGACACACGGGCACAGCUAGCCCAACAAUUUCCAACGUCAGCACCGUGAUGUCAUCGCAACGGGUUUGUGAGAAGGAAGUUCUGCUUUCAACGGCUGUUGUGGAGGUGCAAGAUGCUCAUGGAUCGUACCACCUUUGCCGCGCCUUGUUAGACUCGGGCUCGCAGUCAAACUUCCUUGCUGAAUCUGUCGUUCGUCAACUGCGGUUGCAGAGAGAACGAGUUCGAGCGCCUGUGAUCGGGAUAAGUGGAGAGAAGCGUAUCGUGACGCACCAAGCCGUUGCGAAGGUGAAGUCGACUCAGCAAGCUGCUGCCUGGACCCUCGAGUUUCUAGUGGUUCCGCAAGUUACCGGUUGUCUGCCUACUCGGAAGUUAGACAUCUCGCAGUGGCAGUUGCCAUCUGAAGUGCAUCUAGCGGAUCCCAGGUUCAACGUUCCAGCCAAGGUAGACAUGCUCAUAGGAGCGGAGGUGUUCUUCGAGUUGCUGCUGUCGGAGCAUUUGAAGCUUAGGGAUUGUCAAGUUACGCUAUGGAACAGUAAGCUGGGAUGGAUUGUGAGUGGAGCAAUUACGAGCAUUCAGCGAACAGUUGCGGUAUCGAACGUAGAUUGCUCGGAAACAUCGGAAUCGAACCUGGACAUUCUUGUGCAACGAUUCUGGGACCAGGAAGAAGUUGCAGAAACGAUGAAGGUCAACAUGGAAGAUGAGCAGUGUUUGCAGCAUUUUGCCAAGACAUAUCGGCGCGAAGAAGGUCGUUUUGUGGUCCGUCUGCCAUUCCGGGACAAUUUGAAUCAGCUGGGAGAAUCCCGAGCCAUGGCAGAGCGGCGAUUCUAUCAACAAGAGAAAAGGCUCAAUGCGAACGUCGAUCUCAAGCAGCAGUACUCCGCCUUUAUGAACGAGUACAUAACUUUGGGACAUUGUGUGAAGGUUGAUGAUACUGGAACUCCUGGAUUCUACUUGCCACACCAUGCUAUCGUCAAACCAUCAAGCUCGACCACCAAACUGCGCGUGGUAUUUGACGGGUCAGCACGGUCGGACACCAACGUCGCAUUGAACGACGUGCUGAUGAGUGGACCCGCUAUCCAAGACACUCUUGCGGCAAUAGUUCUGCGGUCCCGGAAACACAAGUUCCUGUUCACCGCGGACGUGAUCAAGAUGUUCCGACAAGUGCGAGUGGAUGAUAGAGAUACGUGCUACCAGCGAGUGUUGUAUAGAGAGGAUCCCAAUGCGAAGCUGGAUGCUUUCGAGUUAAAAACGGUCACAUACGGCACGUCAUGUGCGCCGUUUUGUGCAACCGCCUGCUUGAGACAGUUGGCCAUAGACGACGGAGAGCAGUUUCCACUUGGAGCUCGUGUGGUGGAGAAGGACGUCUAUAUGGACGAUGCAAUAUCCGGAGCCGAUACAUUGGAGGACGCAUUGGAGUGCCAAUCGCAGCUCAUCACUCUACUGGAACGAGGAGGCUUCAAGCUCCACAAGUGGUGCGCAAAUGCUCCUGAACUUUUGGAACGUAUUCCGGAAAAGGACAGAGAGCAGCAAGUGAAAAUAGAAGAUCAGCAAUUCAACGAUGUAAUCAAGACCCUAGGUCUCCUGUGGGACGCAUCAGCGGACGUGUUCUUGUUUCGAAUUCGAGGCAACGAGGAGUCUCCGGAUUACUACACGAAGCGACUUGUUUUGUCGGAGACGGCGAAGAUAUUUGACCCCCUAGGUCUACUGGAGCCGGUCACAGUACAAGCGAAACUCUUCGUUCAGCAGCUAUGGUCGUUGGAGUUGAAUUGGGACGAGCCGAUUCCCGAUGAGCUGGAGAUAGCGUGGAGGCGAUUCAAGAAUCAGUUGCAGCGAAUUAAUGAGAUCCGAAUCCCACGCAGAAUAGUAGCAGACGACGCCACAGGGUUCGAAAUACACGGGUUUUCGGAUGCCAGCAAGAAGGCGUUUGGAGCAUGUGUGUACCUGCGAAGUAUCAAGAAAGACGGGUCUUCUACGAUGCAGUUGCUCAGCAGCAAAACUCGUGUUACUCCACUACCUACGAAACCUGGAAGCAAAAGAGCAAGAAGACCGUAUACUGCACCGAGAGCUGAGCUUUGUGGUGCUCUUCUGUUGUCGAAGCUUAUCGCGAAUGUAUUGAAGGCCCUGGAUAUGGUAAUCGACAAGGUGAUAUUGUGGUGCGAUUCCCAAAUCGUACUGUGCUGGCUCAACAAGUCGGCCGCCAGUCUAGAAGUCUUCGUGGGCAGCCGAGUUCGAGAGAUUAACCAACUAACACGCAACUACCAGUGGCGCUACGUCAGCACAACCGCAAAUCCUGCUGAUUUGGCUUCCAGAGGAGUCUCUCCGGACGAUCUACUGUAUUCGAAUCUCUGGUGGCACGGUCCUGUGAUGCUCCAGCAGUGUGAAGAUCCCUACGUGCCAUCCGAACUACCCACCUUCAGCGACGAGCAGCUCGAAAUUAUGGAUCCUACCUACUGUCAACUGGUCGUGCGCUCUGAUCCGUGCGAGCUACUGACAAGACACAGCAGUUUUCGAAAACUACAGCGAAUCGUUGCCUACGUGUACCGGUUCGUGAACAACUGUCGGAAGGUGAAGGCUGACCGGUCAACCGGGGUACUUACGGUAUCGGAACUACGUCGUGCAACGUUGAAGGUCAUCUGGAAGGUGCAGCGAGAAGGAUUUGCCGAAGAGAUUCAGAUGUUGCAGAGUGGAAGGACAAGUCAAAGUAAGUUGCUGCAGCUGUCUCCGUUCCUCGACACCGACGGGCUGCUACGAGUCGGUGGCCGUCUGAAGCAUGCAAGGAUUCCGUUUCAACGAAAGCAUCAGCUGCUGUUGCCAUCUGGACAUCACGUGACAAGGAUUCUGAUUGAGUCGUUGCAUAAGGAACAUCUGCACGUGGGCCAACAAGGUCUACUAGCCAUCGUUCGAAACCGUUACUGGCCGAUAAGGGGUAAAAUCGUUGUGCGGCAAGUUGUUAAGAAGUGUGUGCGUUGCUUCCGGAUGAAACCUCCGGAAAUAGAGCAGCUGAUGGGAAAUCUGCCGGAAUACCGCGUUGUACCUGCCCCAGCAUUUGCUAGAACCGGCAUUGAUUAUGCAGGACCCAUCUACAUCAAGCGAGGUCGUGGUCAGGUACGCGUGAAGGCCUAUAUUGCGCUUUUCAUUUGUAUGAGCACAAAGGCCAUACAUUUGGAGGUCGCGUCUGACCUUACAACCGAGGCAUUUCUGGCAACCCUACAGCGCUUCGUCGGCAGAAGAGGCACCCCUGAGCAGCUUUACUCGGACAAUGCCACAAAUUUUUGUGGAGCGCAAUCCGAGUUAACAGAACUGUACCAGCUUUUCAAGACGCAACAGGCAUCCGUGAAGAUUAACCAGUUCUGUGAGGCGAAAGAGAUACAAUGGUCCUUCAUUCCGCCCCGCUCGCCCAACUUUGGCGGGAUUUGGGAAGCUGGGGUGAAGGCGGCCAAAUCGUUGCUGAAGAAGGUACUGUGUGAAACUUCGUUGACCUACGAGGAGCUAACAACGGUGGUCGUACAAAUAGAGGCGAUACUCAAUUCGCGGCCGAUGACUCCGUUAACGAACGAUCCAAAUGACUUGACAGCAUUGACCCCUGCUCACUUUUUGGUGGGUCGUGAACUCACCUCUCCUCCUGAACCGAACUAUGAGGAAGUUAAGGUAUCGUCGUUGUCGCGCUGGCAGUAUCUUCGGCGGCAAAAACAGGUGUUCUGGUCGAGAUGGUCGUCGGAGUACCUCAACGAACUUCAGCCAAGGGGUAAAUGGUACAAGGAGAAGUUGGUUAUCAAACCUGGAAUGUUGGUGGUCCUGCGAGAGGAGAACAUGGCUCCACAGCAAUGGCGCCUUGGACGGAUUGUGCAGAUUCAUCCCGGCUCGGACAACAUCGUUCGAGUAGUCACCGUCAGGACAGCGAAUGGUGAAGUGAAGAGGGCAAUUGGAAAGAUUGCGGUUCUACCGAUUGAUGAUAACUCCUUGUAAGGAUUGUUGGACACUACGUGCCAACCGGGGGGGAGGAUGUUAAGAAUUAAAUCGAUUAAUUGCGCAGAAGCGCCCAUUUCUAAAAAGACAUGUGUCACCCAAUACUAAAUAAAAAGAUUGUUGUUGUUUUGUUACCGAGAAGAGCAAACGUGCUUUUUAUUUUCUCCUGAGUAAAACUCCCGGAAUUAUCAGUAGUGUGGACAGAUUCCUUCAGGAAUUCC